AUGUCUGAUGCUGCACUGAAAACAUGUACAUGUCUGUUAUUCCAGAAAGUGAAGCCAAAAAUCUCUGCAUCCCGCAGACUGUUUUUGAAGACCAAAAUGAUAAAGAAGGCUAUGACCGAGCUGGAAAGUGAAAAACAAUUCAGAAAAGAUGAACGAGAGAGAAUCCUGGCUGAAAAAGUCCCUGAACUGCAAAUGUCAAGCCUCUCUUUGCAGGAUCUUCAGAAUCUUUGUAAAGAAUUACACCAGAAAAUUGAUGUUGCUGAUGAGGAGCGGUAUGACAUUGCUGCAAAGGUGUCCAAAAAUGACAGAGAGAUACAAGACCUGUCUCAAAAGAUCUUUGAGCUGAAGGGAAAAAUGAAGAGACCAAACCUGAAGAGAGUCCGGGUUUCUGCUGAUGCCAUGCUUGGAGCUCUGCUGGGGGCAAAGGUCAAAGAAUCUGUGGACUUUAAGGCCAACCUGAAGACUGUGAAGAAGGAAGAAGAGAAGAAAGAGGAAGUGACUGACUGGCGUAAGAAUGUGGAUGCCAUGUCGGGUAUGGAGGGCAGAAAGAAGCUGUUUGAUGCUGGACAGUAA